UCGCGACCUCGGGUGCUGGCGAUGGCGGAGCCCCGGGCGGGCAGACUGGACGCCCCGUCCGCCGCCGGGCUUUCCGUGCAAGAUGCAGUUCCUCCUGGGGAAUCCGUUCGGCACGCCGGGAGACCAUGCUCACUUGUAUCUGAAACUCCCAAGCGAGAUUGGUCUGUGUGAAUUCCUGUUUUCUGCAGAUACGUCUUUGCCAGACUUGACUCUUUCUGGAGAGGGAAACACAGAAGCAGAGAUCAUGGCUGCUGUGUUUGUUUCCAUUGGACCUCUGGAGUCACUGACUUUCAAAGAUGUGGCUAUAGACUCCACACUGGAGGCCUGGAGACUGAUGGACCCUACACAGAGGAACCUGCACAAGGAUGUGAUGCUGGAGAAUGACAGGAAUCUUGUCUCCCUGGGUGAGGGCUUGCAGUUUCCAAUCCAGAUAUGAUAUCUCAUUUGGAGAAUGGACAAUGGUGAGAGAAAUUUCAAGAGGCCCCUAUCCAGGUAAAUUAAUCAGAAUCAUGAAAAAGGUUUUAUUUCAAAUAAUAUCAUUGGGGAAUGUUCAACAGUAUAUCUGAAAUAUUUGGGGUGUACCUCUGCUCAACGUUGUCACAAAGGAAAAAAAUCUCCCCCCCAUGCUGCCCCAUCCUCUUCCUCUCUGCCUCUCCUCUCUCUGUUCUCUACUUUGGGUUUCCUAUCCCCUCCUACUCUGCUUUCUAAAUUUUCAGAAUUUUUUCUUCCUUUUUAUUAGAACAUGCACAAAUAUCCCUAUCACUUUAUCCUUUCCAGUUAAUUCUGUUUUUCUUAUUUGUUUCACCAUUAUCUGGCCUUCCUUCAUUUCCUAAAAAAGCUUUCUUAUGCUAACCUUAUUUCUUUUAAGCUAAAUCUAUUUGUUUUCAGCUAAACCUAGUCCAAACUAAAGCUUAAGGUUUAAUUUUUUACUUGUAAGCCUGCUGAAAUUUUGAGGGGAUCUUUCUCCCCUCCAGUUCUUCACUAAUUGAGAGUACAAACAAGAAAUCAAUCAGUUGAGAAUCAAAAUGCAGUACUUACUUAGUAUUUAAUGCCUUUUUGUUUUAAGACAAGCUGGAGAAUAUGAAAGAGUAACUGGGGUGGGGGUGAACGUGUUUCCCUCAGAUCAGGUGGACAAGGGCGGCUUCUGGAGACAGGACAUUUAAACUGGGCCAUGAAGGGUCAGAAGCAGCCAUCCUGGGGAAGUGGAGAGAUCAUCUUGCCAGGCAAAGGGAAUAGCAAUGCAAAAUA